AUCACAUGUUUAACUGAUCAACUUUCAAGGUAACUAAAAUUAAAAACAACCGGUAAUAUGGUUUUCGUUGCAUUAAUGUAUAGAACUAGUUAAACCAGAGGCUCGCCUGCUUCGAACAUCGUAAACAGGUGUAUAAAUUACUGCUCAGACUAGCUCGGUGGGACGCUCGUCUCGAACGCUACUUAUCAGAUCGUCGUUACUAGCACAUGCGACAGAAACCGUCUCGACAGACAGUCGUUCGUAGCAGCUCUAACCAUGAAAUCUUUCAUCAAUUACUCAGCAUCUUGUGACUUUCCGAUCGAAAAUUUACCAUACGGUGUCUUCUCUACGAAAGACAAGCCAGAGAAAAGAAUUGGAGUAGCAAUUGGUGACGAAAUUUUAAACUUAAGUGCUAUCGCAAAUUACUUCAAUGGACCACUGUUACAAAGUAAGCAGGAUGUGUUUCGUCGUGAUUCUCUCAACGAUUUUAUGUCUCUUGGAAGACCAGCAUGGCUAGAAGCAAGAGCAAAACUUCAAGAUCUGCUUUCUGCUAGUAAUCAUACUUUGCAAGAUCCAGAAAUUCGCUCUAGAAUUUUCGUUGCUCAGAAGGAUGCCAUAAUGCAUUUACCAGCAAAAAUUGGCGAUUAUACUGAUUUUUAUUCAUCAAUAAACCAUGCUACAAAUAUCGGCAUUAUGUUUCGUGGAAAAGAAAAUCCAUUGAUGCCGAACUGGAAAUACUUGCCAGUCGGUUAUCAUGGAAGAGCAAGUUCCGUUGUUGUAUCAGGCACACCCAUCAGACGACCGUGUGGCCAAACAUGUCCGGUUGAAGGUGCAGCACCUGUUUUUGGCCGCUCUUUAUUAAUGGAUUUCGAGCUCGAAGUUGCUUUCUUCAUUGGUGGUCCACCUACAAAUGUCGGUGAUACUGUUCCAGCUUCGAAGGCAUAUGAUCACAUCUUCGGGAUGGUUUUAAUGAACGAUUGGAGUGCACGUGACAUUCAAAAAUGGGAAUAUGUUCCAUUAGGACCAUUCGGCGCGAAGAAUUUUGGAACUACAAUUUCUCCAUGGAUUGUUACAAUGGAAGCUCUAGAGCCCUUUAAGGUACCAAAUAUGGUUCAAGAUCCAAAACCAUUUCCGUAUUUGCAACAUGACGAGUCGUGUAAUUUUGAUAUUAAAUUGGAAGUUGAUCUUAAAGCUCCAAGUGGUGUAAUUACAACUAUAAGCCGAAGUAAUUUCAAAUACAUGUACUGGACUCCGCGACAACAAUUAGCGCAUCAUACAGUUACCGGGUGCAACAUUAAUCCUGGCGAUUUAAUGGCUUCCGGGACUAUAAGUGGAAAUACUCCGGAUUCUUAUGGUUGUAUGCUCGAGCUAUCUUGGAAAGGUACACAUGCUAUUCCGUUAAAAGAUGGUACUACAAGAAAAUUCCUUCAGGAUGGCGAUGAGGUGACCAUUCGCGGUUAUUGCGUCGGCGAUGGUUAUCAAGUUGGAUUUGGAUCAUCUACGGGUAAAUUGUUACCUGCUAACACAAACUGAAAUUGAUGCAUAAAAAUUACGUAUUUUGCUAUCUUCUAUGUAUUUUAUACUUCAUUUUUAUAUAAUAAAUUUUUUAUUUUAUGCACUCUUA